UUCUCAGCGGUAUUUUUUUUAUUACCAUAGGUCUAAAAUCAGAUUUUAUAAAUUUUGAUAUAAAAAAUAAUCCCUCAUUCCUUUCUAUCAAGGGUGGUUUGAACCUAAAUCACAAACGAUCCAAUCUUCUGAGCAGUAAUAUUUUGUGUCAAGUAAUUAGUAUAUCCAUCAAAUUAAGUCGAAGACUUUAGAUAGUUGACUUGCAAAAUGAUUAGAUAUAAGAGAUUAAAUUAAUGGGAUUAGUGGUGUUAGAAAAAUGGGAUUGAAAAAUAAAUUAGAUUGUAGAGCUUAAUACUUGGUCGUGAUUUACAUGACACUAUUUAAGAAGAAACUGUUAGUUUAUGUAUCAUCCAAAUAUAUCGUUGAGAUUGUUUGUAAAUAAUUAAGGGUGUUACAAAACAAAAUAUUAAAGACGCGUCAUAUACUCUUUUAAUUGGUAUCACUGUGAUUGUUUGAAAGGUCAAACAUUUUAUUAACCAUCUUAUUGUUUUCAUCAUUCGAUAUACUAAUCAUAUUCAUAUAAUUUAUAUGAAUUUAUCAUCUUUAGUGAAUUUAUCUUUACUACAAGACAAAAGAAGUAAUUAUUUGCAAACACGUCUUCUUUUAAAUAGAGGCCGAAAGCAUAUUUGCCAAAAUCUCUAGUUUUUUUUGUUCGUCAAAUCGAAAUCUGUUAAUUCCCACUGUUUUUAGCAUGAUUAUUGGAAAUUUGGAAUGACUUGACCCCUCUCAUUUCAGUCGAGUGACUUCGGUACAUAUAAAUGAUGAUCGAGACUUCGCAAACAACAACGCAAAAAGUAUAAUUGGUCUAAAGUUUAUUUAAUUAUUAUUUUGACCCUUAUUACAGUUGAUGGUGCUUAUAUUAACAGACAAUAAUAGAAAACGAAGUGCACUCAGCUCUCAUUCAAGCUUUGGAUAUUAGAUGUUAGGCCCUUCACUUGCGUUCCGAUUCCUAAACGUUGGUGAAUCUCGAUAUUAACUUUAUUGCUCCUCAGCUCUACAGCUUCUUGUACAGUUGUACUGUGAUACACUUGGGGAGAUGAUCUACAUUUGUGAAUCUAGCAUGAAUACUACCAAAGGAUGAGCUCGAACGUACCUUCAUGGUAAACGAAAAGGAAAGGUUGAAACUAGUGUAACUUCAAAUUAUACUGAUUCUACAAUGCAGCUAAAAACAAAGCACAUGGAAAAAACACCGUGUAAGUCGCCUUAGCUAUCUUAUACAACAGUUUGGUUGAUUUUGAUGUCAUAACUAAUUUAGGUUAGAAGUCGUAGUAAUAAAUCAUGUAACAAAGCCGCCUUAUACAGUAACAUAUUAUGGAUUAGACAUGUAUCUAUAUUUUCUUCAGCAUACCAUGUAAAAAUGUAGAGAAUAGUUUGUUAGAGAGAGUUGUCAAGAAUAGUGGCCUGUCUUUUUAAUUAAUAUUUUGGACCAAACAUUUGAUUUUAUGGAAAAGUGAUAAUACAUCACUAUGUUUGUUAAAUUUUCUUGCUUGAAUUCCCAGCAAGUGUCUUUGUUAAUUUGAUUAAUAUUUGCAGAAACAUAAUAUUACAUGUUUACAUAUCAAGCUUUCACUCUUUAGUUUUUUUCCCUGCACGUAAAAGGUAUUCUUAAUCAUCACACAGGCCAUUCUGUUAUCCAUAACCAUAUGUAUGAGCUAACUGAUUUUCUAAAUUUUAUGGAUUUUAAGCAAAUAAAUAAUGUAAAACUAACACAGUGUGAAGAUCUUUCUCGUAAAACGAUCAAAUGUUUUUAAUAUUUGGAUGUAAGACUAACUAUAAAACAAGAAUUAAGAGCACGAGAGUCUUAUACUUUUACACUACGCGGCUUCUAUACUUUACAAGGGAGGAGGCACGCCUGUCACUUUUCAGUUUACUAUAUGCGUUUAAUAAAUAAUCAAACUAGUUGGAAAUAAAUUAAUAACAAAUCAACUCUUAAAGUUGAUACCUUCUUGGCUUCUUGGGUCUCAUUUUCACACCGAUCUAAAAUAACUUCGGUUAAGGAAAAGCUAAGCAAACCAUCUUUAGUAAUCAAGAAAAGCCCUUCCAAAUUUUUCUGUUCCUUCUAGUUCUAGCUAUAUAAUUGAUUUACCUUGUGUUAGUUAUUUAUUUGCUGAAUCCUAAUAUCAGUUGUAUUUUGUAGUUAUUGGAUCAUUCGAACAAAUAAAUCACAAGGAUUUCAACCACGUUCUUUAAAUUUAUAGAGAUAAUAUGCAACUUUUAAGUUUAUUCUCGAGAAUUUUGUUCUCCGGUUAAAGUUUGCUUAUUACAAAUUCUAAUUAGAGAUAUUGGGUUAUCCCUAUUGUCAAUACCACGAUGUAGGAAGUACAUAAUAUAGUAUAAGAACCAGGGAAUAUAGACAUAAUCAUUAUAUAUUUUUGUCGCAUUUUCAAAUAAAAAAGUAUUUAAGAUUAUUAGAUUGUGCCUCAAUUGGUUAAGCUUCGAGAUGAAGAAAAUUUAUGAAUCUUCUUGUUUGGCUCAAGAAUGGAAAUAGUUGUUAUUGUGCGUAAUUUUUAUAUUGAUUAGUCGCACGAUGAAUGAUAACAUGAUAUAUUGAUGUAACUAAAAAUGAAUAGAUAAUAAUACAAAAUGCUUUAAUUUUACAUUUAGGGGUAAAGAGUAUAAGACUAACAAAGCACAAACUCUUCAACCGGAAUGAACUAAAGAGAUCAGUAAACAUUUAUCCUUUUUGUUCGAACAGUAAACAUUUACCAAUUAACUUCGCGUUUCAAUCGUUUUACGAGAGUUUUGUCACUUGAUAAUAUACUUCAUUGAGAAGAUGUCGUGUAAGCUACUCAAGAGAAAGGUAGCUAUUUCUCCAAUUAGCUCUUUUAAUGAGUAUUCUGACUAAAGUCUGAAGCAGACGUUAAUCGUAAAAUCUAAUUUAUAAAUUAGUAACUGCUGAAAAAAGAGAGCUAAUGUUUGCUAACAAGAUGACAAGAAUGUAUCUAAUCGACGUAUAUCUUGACACAAAAUAGACAGUUAGAUUGGAAACGAUUGUCCAAUACAAAGUUGUAGGUUUUAGUCGCAUUAUGGAAAAUUCUAACGGAGGCAUUUUUACACAUCGUAGAAAAGGAUGCAUUCUUCUUUUUUUUUUGUAAAGGCUUUCAACAUGAAACAUAUACAUGCAAUAAAUUAGUUAUUUAAGAGAAACACAAUUAUACCAACACAUAACUUUACAUUCAUAUAUUAGAUAUAAUAAUAUAUUUUAAUGAUUAUUUAUAUAUUUAAAAAGAAAUACUAACAACCGUCAUCUCCUAAUUAAUUAAUAUAUGAUAGUUUCGAUUGAGGUUUGCCUUCGAUUUUAUGUUUAAGAAAAAGGGUUUGUCUUCGAUGGCUUCUAUGUGUAUGGUAUCUCAAUUCUCAAGAUUCCUAAGCCGAAAGUACAUGCCUAAUCAAGCUUUCCACUCUUUUUUUUUAUUUUUACAUUUUCCAGACCGGACCAAGUCAACCAUAUAUCUUGUCUUCCAUUAUUUUAGUCCAAAAGAGUAAAAAAAAAUUAUCGCCACUGAGAUAUGUUUUUAUAUAACAGUUUUGGAUAUAAAUAUUUGACUGUGUAACCAAGAAUGUUGCAUAUUAUUUGAUACGUUGCAUCAGCACUUCAGUGGGAUGAUGGUAAACGCUUUAGGUGGGUGGGUAGAGGAAAAGUAUGCAACUUGCCUCACAAACUAUCUCUUUUGGCCUUCUUGAUAUAGAAUGUUGAUCGUUACACUAAUGAAUCUUAUCUAUUAAUAGCAACCACAUAUGAGUAAAAUACAUAUUUUCUACGACCAAGUGUGAAUGGCAGAAAAGAGUUGAUGCUUUAAUUAACUUCUAUAGUAUUCUUGGAUCUUAUCAUUGGCUAGUAGAACAGAGCUAAUCAACCCAUUUUUGGCAAGGAAUAAUCUAAGAGCUGACAAGUUAAUCUUGCAAUUAAAUACAAUAUUUCCUAUUCAUUUUUAAGAACUUAGCAUUCAUGAAAAUAAAUCAUGCAAGCGAGUGAUGAUAAGCCUGUGAUUUUUCUGAUUUAGAAUUCUAAUUUGUGUGUGAUUUUGGUGCUUGGUUUUUAGACUAAAUCGUCCUUGAGCAUUUAGAUUCUGAAAUCAAACGUCCAGGCAGAGAGGCAUUGUUAUAAACACACAAAUUUAUCAAACAAAAGACGCAAGGAAGCAACUUGUCCGCUUCUAUUGCUAAAACAAAGUCUCUUGGAAGCAGUUUGCAAGAUGAAAAAGCGAAGAAAGAAUUUGAUUAUUACAUGAUCAGAACAUCUCUCCAUGCCUGCUUAGAACCUGUGUUCCAGCUUCUCUUUUUCUUGCUAGUGUUGGGCAUAUCUACGUUCAUUUUCAUACCAAAAAAAAGACACAUCGAGAGUAUAUGCACAUUACACAAACAAAGUUAAUAGAUUCGACAAAGCAUAGACCUUUCAAUCCGGCUAUAUUCAGCGUAUCAACCUCUCCGUUUUGAAGGUUAAGUGAAUUGUUUUCUAUUACACUGGGUUUUUAAAUGGGCCUUAGAUUAAAAGGCCUCCGUCAGAAGUGAUUAAUCGCCGAAAGGGCCGUAUCUUCUAGUAAAGUGAAUUGUUUUUUUUAACAACUAUUUUAUUUUAUUUUAUUAAAAUGGAGUAUUAUUUAAAUAAAAUGUAAAAUUGUUUAUGAGCCUCAACUUUAGUGUUCAACUAUUUAUUUGUUUUGCUGGAAGUGAAUUGUUUUUUAUUUACACAGCCUUUAAAAUCGGCCUCAUUUUAAUGACCUUAAGUUGUUGUGGUCCACGUGAAAAUACUGGUUUGUCUUUAUCAGAAUGUUGUUUCCUCUGAGUCUGAGAUCUGAUUCUCAGUGCCCAACCAAAAAUGUCAGUGUCACACCUGCUCUUUCCACAGUUUUCAUUUAAAGUCUUUGUUUUGCUGUGGAAAAUGACAAAUGGGAAAAUAACGAGACAAAGGAAUAACGUAGCAUAUAGUUUAUCGUGAAUGUAUGUCAAAACAAAAAAAAACAAGAAAGUUGAUCGUGAAUGUUUGUUAAAAUGCAUAAUGAAAGAGUUGAAUUACUGCAAGAGAAAAGGUGACGUUAUUAUUGGCAGUUAGUUAUUGUUUGAAUGUUACACUCUAUUAAAGUGCAUAUGCUUAUAUUAGUUUUAUAUAUGUUUGGUGAUAUACAAACAAAGGAAAUCAUGAGAUAGUAGACUUAAUAUGCCUCUUUAUCUGUGAACAACUCGACAUAUGUACAUGAAUAUGGAAUUUGAGUUCAACAUCAAAUUUAAAGACUAUUCUUUUUUUAACUGAACUUAUGAACAAUGAACAUAGAUUUGUAUCAAAAUGAAUUCAAGAAAGAAAAAAUUGCUUUAGUUUAUGCUAUUAAACAAUAUUUGCUUACAAAUGACAAAAAAAAAUCUUACAGGCUUCAAAUUUUGUUAAGAGUUUGAAACAUUCAUAUCUAACAAUUUAGCGAUUGUCUAUAUGAUUAUACGUGAUGUAUAAAAUAAAGUAAUGUUUUUUGGUAUCAAGUUACCAAAAACAUUUUUCUGGUUAUGAUUAAUAAUCGGUUGAUUUGCUAAGACAAAGAAACUUAUAAAUUAAGUAAUAAACUUGAGGCACGAACACACUAGACAUGAUACGAAAUGACUCGAGUUCAAUUCAACUACAGUUUGUUGAAAUUAUGCAAGUGUUGGGUGCAACUACUCCCCUCAACUAAGUUUGCUCCCUUUCAAUGUCUCAGUUUCUCUUCUCAAUUUCAAAGAGGGCGACAUAGAAUAAGUUACACAUUUUACAAGUUAAAACCUAUGGCGUGGAAUAUAAAGUUUCCAGAAUAUGAUUCUGCAAUAUAAAAAAUGUUCAUUAAAUAGUUGCAUUUAAUUGUAAAAAAGGUUUUUGAGAUGAAUAAAUUUAACAUUCCUUUUCAAAAAGAAUAUUCAUCAAAUAAACUGUGUCCAUGAUUUACUAGCUUUUUUGUUGCAAAUAUCAACUAUUUUUUAUUAAAUAAUACAAACUCCAGGAAUACUAGCUAGUAUCAAAUUUGUCUAACAUCCAAAUAUUUAUCUGGCACUGGAAAUAUCUUUGUUAGGUGUUUAAUCUAAUCUUACGUCAACUAACAUAUUUUAAAUACACUGUUAAGCUUGAUUAAAAAAUUAUUUUAUGGUUUCGAUGAAAAGUGUGAAAGGAAGCAAAAAAAAACAUAGCCAACGAACUGAUAUAGACACUUAAAUAUGUUGGUGACCGGGAAUUUUAGUUUUCUUUUGAAUAAUUAGAACAUAAAUCUUCCAACACAUAAAUUAACACAAUAACUCACAUGUAAUCGCCGCAGUAUAAAAAUCAUCUUUCCCUCUCUCAAAAUCACUCAAAUCCUCCUCUCAUCUUAUCUCUUAAUCACCUUAUAAAACUUUAUCUUAAAAAUAAUAGCUAAAAGUUUCAAACACACACGAUGACGACCCUUAACACUUUCUCUUUCUGGCUGUUAUUUUGUUCCCUUCUCUCCGCCUCAUCGAUUAUCGCUAAAGUUCAACACCAUAACUUCGUCAUACAAGAGACGCCAGUGAAGAGGCUGUGCAAGACCCGUAACGCUAUCACCGUCAACGGAAUGUUCCCGGGACCAACACUCGAAGUCAAUGACGGUGACACUCUUGAAGUCAAAGUCCAUAACCGUGCCCGUUACAAUAUCACCAUCCAUUGGCAUGGUGUGAGGCAGAUGAGAACUGGAUGGGCUGAUGGUCCUGAGUUCGUGACCCAGUGCCCAAUCCGACCCGGAAAGAGCUACACGUACCGUUUCACUAUCCAAGGCCAAGAAGGGACAUUGUGGUGGCACGCGCAUAGCUCCUGGCUCCGAGCCACCGUCUACGGUGCACUCAUCAUCCACCCAGCCCCUGGUUCCUCUUUUCCAUUUCCUAAACCGGAUCGCCAAACCGCCCUCGUGCUCGGGGAGUGGUGGAAUGCAAACCCGGUUAAUGUAAUAAACCAAGCGACUCGAACCGGAGCUGCACCGAAUGUAUCCGAUGCUUAUACCAUCAAUGGCCAACCCGGUGAUCUCUAUAAUUGCUCAACCAAAGGGACUGUUGUAGUACCGGUAAAUUCAGGUGAAACAAGUCUCCUACGAGUGAUCAACGCAGCAUUAAACCAACCGCUAUUUUUCACGGUUGCUAACCACAAACUAACGGUGGUCGGAGCCGACGCUUCCUACCUCAAACCAUUCACCACAAAGGUCCUUAUGUUAGGUCCGGGCCAAACCACCGACGUACUUCUAACCGCCAACCAACCGCCCAAACGCUACUACAUAGCAGCAAGAGCUUACCAAAGCGCCCAAAACGCACCGUUUGAUAACACCACAACCACAGCCAUUCUCCAAUACAGUAAAAAAACAACCACUUCUAAACCAAUCAUGCCGCCUUUGCCUGCCUUCAACCACACGAAAACCGUGACGUCAUUCUCACGAAAAUUCAAAUCUCUUCGAAACGUCGUCGUACCUAAAACAAUCGACGAAAAUUUGUUCUUCACCAUCGGUUUAGGUCUCGAUAAGUGUCCCAAGAAUUUUCCUAAGAGCCGGUGCCAAGGCUUAAACGGGACCCGGUUCACCGCCUCCAUGAACAACGUGUCGUUUGUUCUACCGUCGAAUUUCUCACUCUUGCAAGCACAUUCCAACGGAAUCCCCAACGUUUUCACGACGGAUUUUCCAGCUAAACCGCCGGUUAAAUUCGAUUAUACCGGAAAUAACAUAAGCCGGGGUCUGUUUCAGCCGGUUAAGGGUACUAAGCUGUAUAAACUCAAAUAUGGAACGAGAGUUCAGAUUGUUUUACAGGACACGAACAUUGUUACGUCGGAGAAUCAUCCGAUUCAUCUUCAUGGUUACGAUUUCUACAUUGUCGCAGAAGGGUUUGGUAACUUUAACCCCAAGAAAGAUACUUCUAAAUUUAACCUAGUUGAUCCUCCACUUAGAAACACUGUGGCUGUUCCUGUCAAUGGAUGGGCUGUUAUCAGAUUCGUGGCUGAUAAUCCAGGAGUUUGGUUGAUGCAUUGUCACUUAGAUGUUCAUAUCAAGUGGGGCCUUGGUAUGGCGUUUUUGGUCGAGAAUGGUGUCGGAGAGUUGGAAACUCUUGAAGCUGCUCCUCAUGAUCUACCUGUGUGCUAGUAUCAUCAUUCUUAAUCGAGAUUCAAGAGUGAAAGUCGCUAUUUUUAGAAGAAUAUUCAAAUUUUUUGUAUUGCUUUGGAUUAAAUGUAUAAUCCUGUUUCCCUUUGCGUAGUAAAUGUAAGUGUUCAAUGUUUGUCAUAGUUCAUAUUCUCUGUCUUACCAAUUAUUGUAGUUUGUCUUUGAAGGAAAUUCAAAAUUAUGAAAAGAAUAUAGAAUUUUGAGCACCAUGUUU